ACUUCCGGGUCGCACGGCGCUCGCGACCCGGACGCGCGAGGAGGCGGUCCCGGAGUCGGGGAGCUGGCGGGUGGGCUGUGGUCCCCGCAUUUGCGCGCGCGGGCGCCCGCGCGUGACCGGCGAUGCUGGGGGGCAGCGCCGGGACCCGCGGGGGCGAAGCCGAGGGCGACGGGGCGGGGGCGGUGGGGGCGGUGGCCCCGCCGCCCGCCAUCGACUUCCCCGCUGAGGUGUCGGAUCCCAAGUAUGACGAGUCGGAUGUCCCGGCAGAGCUGCAGGUGCUGAAGGAGCCGCUGCAGCAGCCAGCCUUCCCCUUCGCCGUCGCCAACCAGCUGCUGCUCGUCUCCCUGCUGGAGCACCUGAGUCAUGUGCACGAGCCAAACCCGCUUCGCUCCAGACAGGUGUUUAAACUGCUCUGUCAGACCUUCAUCAAAAUGGGGCUGCUGUCUUCCUUCACCUGCAGCGACGAGUUUAGCUCGUUGAGGCUGCAUCACAACAGAGCUAUCACGCAUCUGAUGAGGUCCGCCAGAGAGAGAGUUCGGCAGGAUCCCUGUGCUGAUAAUUCUCAUAUCCAGAAAAUCAGAUCACGAGAAGUUGCCUUGGAAGCACAGACCUCACGAUACUUGAAUGAGUUUGAAGAGCUCUCCAUCCUGGGGAAAGGUGGCUAUGGCCGAGUGUACAAGGUCAGGAAUAAAUUAGAUGGCCAGUAUUAUGCAAUUAAAAAAAUUCUGAUUAAAGGUGCAACUAAAACAGAUUGCAUGAAGGUAUUACGAGAAGUGAAAGUGCUGGCGGGCCUCCAGCACCCUAAUAUCGUAGGCUAUCACACCGCGUGGAUAGAGCAUGUCCACGUUCACGUUCAAGCAGACAGAGUUCCGAUUCAGUUGCCUUCUCUGGAAGUGCUCUCUGACCAGGAAGAAGACAGAGAUCAAUAUGGUGUUAAAAAUGAUGCAAGCAGCAGCUCAUCCAUUAUUUUCGCUGAGUUCUCCCCAGAAAAAGAAAAAUCCUCUGACGAAUGUGCCGUUGAGAGUCAGAAUAACAAACUGGUGAACUACACCACCAACUUAGUGGUGAGGGACACCGGUGAGUUUGAAUCGUCCACGGAGCGCCAAGAGAACGGCUCGAUCGUGGAGCGUCAGCUACUGUUCGGGCAUAACUCAGACGUAGAAGAGGAUUUCACGUCCGCGGAGGAAUCUUCUGAGGAAGACUUAAGCGCGUUGCGGCACACAGAGGUGCAGUACCACCUGAUGCUGCAUAUCCAGAUGCAGCUGUGCGAGCUGUCCCUGUGGGACUGGAUCGCCGAGAGGAACAGGCGGAGCCGAGAGUGCGUGGACGAAUCUGCCUGUCCUUAUGUUAUGGUCAGUGUUGCAACAAAAAUUUUUCAAGAACUGGUGGAAGGUGUGUUUUACAUACAUAACAUGGGCAUCGUGCACAGAGACCUGAAGCCUAGAAAUAUUUUUCUUCAUGGUCCUGAUCAACAAGUGAAAAUAGGAGACUUUGGUCUGGCCUGCGCCGACAUCAUCCAGAAGAAUGCGGCCCGGACCAGCAGAAACGGGGAGAGGUCAGCCCUGCAGUGUCUAACGUGUGGCCUUCUACACCUAGGAGCACCCACACACACUUCCCGAGUGGGCACCUGUCUGUACGCCUCGCCCGAGCAGUUGGAAGGAUCGGAGUAUGAUGCCAAGGAAUUCUCGAUGGCGACUGGAGGCAGACGCGAGGCAGAGUGGGCCUUGAGCAGUGUGUGGCCCCCGUGGCCGGCAGCACAGGCUGAGCGCACGUCGCUGCCUGGCGAGGCCUGGAUGGCCAGGAGCAGUGGAGCAGUGAGGUCGGGGUGUGGCCCUGAGCGCCGUGAGGGCCAUUGUGCCCGUUCCUCUUCUGAGCAGUCAGACAUGUACAGUGUCGGCGUGAUCCUGCUGGAGCUCUUCCAGCCCUUCGGGACAGAGAUGGAGCGGGCAGAGGUCCUGACGGGUGUGCGAGCUGGCCGCAUACCCGACUCCCUCAGUAAGAGGUGCCCGGCGCAGGCCAAGUACGUCCAGCUGCUGACCAGGAGGAACGCGUCCCAGCGGCCGUCCGCCCUUCAGCUGCUGCAGAGUGAGCUCUUCCAGAACUCCGCGCAUGUUAACCUCACCCUACAGAUGAAGAUAAUAGAGCAGGAAAGAGAAAUCGAGGAACUCAAGAAGCAGCUGAGCCUCCUCUCCCAGGCCCGAGGGGUGAGGAGUGACAGGCGAGACGGAGAGCUCCCUGCCUAGCCGUCACUCGGCCACGUCACAGGGGAACGUGGACUUGCACUUGCAGCAGUCAACUGGAAUGGACAAUUUCAAGCCUCCUGAGGUUCAGGCGGCAUAAUCCUCACUUGGAAUCACUCAGCCCGCAUGACUCUCCCCUCAUGCUGCUCUUCCCGGAGGUACCUCCUGGUGACCUCCUGGUGACUGCUCCCAAUUAAACUUACGCUUUUCCCUUUCCUAUUCCGCAAGUCCCAUUCCUGAGCCUCCUACCUAAGCAUUAACUAAAUCUUAGGUAUCGGUCUCCAUUCUUUCUCCUUUGAAUCCUGGGCCCUGGCCACCUCGCUCCUUUAGAAGCACACUCACUGCCCCGCCACCACCCAAGGCCAGGCCUGCACCCUGGCGCAACAGCUGCCAGUCUUAGUCCUUAGCUGCUGCUGCUGUUGCCAGAGACACCUGCUCCGUUCACUCCCUCCAGGGUGGAAGCUCAGCCUGUGAGCAGCGCCUCUGCUCUCCCCGGCUGCAGCCCAGCGCCACUCGGGCAGGCUUCACACGCUCACCCCAGGUGGCCUCGGAACAGCUGCGACAGCAUCUCCCCGCACCCUUCUGCCUUCUCAGCACUUGGCUCUCCAGCCAGCCUCUCCACUCACUCGUUUUUGUUUCCCGGAGCUGUCUGCCACAUAGUUGGCAGUCUUCAUGGGACUACUGUACGUGAUUCUGCUGAAUUUUAAAUAAAUAAACCCUGCAAAUCA